AUGUGUCGCGUCGUACUGCUCGACCAGACCCAGUACGUCAACCAUCAAUUGGGAGCGGGGGCUCCCAAGAAUCCCAGGACGGGGGAUAGCCGCGCCACCGGACGAGGUAACUCGUCCGACGUCCGUUCACGUCGCGGUGGUUCAACAGCUGCUCUACUAGAUAGCGCUGGCCACCGCGAGAGUCCUCUAAUGGAGGUGGAGGAGGAGGAAAGACGCUCUCCACACGAUCAUGUGGAUCGGUGUGUUCCCGAGAGCUUCUUUGAUCGCGUAACGCAAGGGUUACGCGACGAUCUCGAGCAUGAGCGGAAUAGGCGUCUCCAGAUGGUGGACACUGCCUCGAAGCAUCGAGCUGAGUUUGCCUUUGCUCAGCUUGAGAACGAGAGAUCUCUGACAUCUCUUCGUGACGAGCUAAGGGUAGCUCGUGGGAUUGUUGAUCGGUCUCGGGCUGAGAUAACUGCUCUUCAGACCCUUGUUGAUGCCCACCAUCGGGAGCACAAGGCUCUCUGCGAGAUGCUUGAGCGCAAGGGCGUUCUUCAUCGGAAGAAGCAGCGUACUGAUGGUACGGCUUAA